AUGGGAGCUGGAGUCGCCUGGGUUGUGGGUGCUUUGUGGGGUGUCUUCCUCCUCUGCCGGCGGGGCCAGGGUGAGGACCAGGUCCCAGGGCUGGAUGGUUCAAUCCCUGCCCGCUGCGGGCCAGAACAAUUCCUGCACCAGGAGGCCAACGUCUUACUCUGCUGUCCGUGCAAGUCGAGUACCAGGCCAUGCCCAUCUCAUGAGCUGAGGGGCUGUACCUGUGCCACGCCCGGAGAGUUCUGUGAAGAUUCGGACUGUAAAAGCUGCAAGAAGCACAACUGCUCCCCUGGCCAACAGGCCGUCCUCCUCGGGAAUUUCCUUUUCGCCCUCAGGUGCAAGGACUGUAAAGAUGGCACCUAUUCAGAUGGCAUCGAUGGCAAAUGUCUGCCCUGGACUGACUGUGGCAGGGAGGGGUUUCUCACUGUCCGUCCAGGGAACAGAACCCAUAAUACGCUGUGUGGCAUGGCUCCACUUCCAGGAUCAGGAUCAGGUCUCUCCAACUCCUACAGCGUCCCCGUGGCCAUCCUAACAGGCUUAGCAGCCAUCACCUUCAUGCUUGUCAUUAUCCAGCUGGUCCUCCACAUCUGGUGGGUGAAAAAGGAGCCCUUCAUCAAGGACAGAGAGUCCAUCUUGCCCCUGGGACCUGGGCCCCCUGAUGAUAUCGGCAACUGCCCUUUCCCGGAAGAGGAGUGGGGGGAGAAGACGGCAGAGGACAAGGCCCAGAUGGGUCAUCCAUGGGUAUAAAGAAGCCUGCCACAGUCUGGAACUUUGAGGGGGAUACCCCAGAGACACAAGUAGAGAGGCCAGCUUCCUGUCACUCAGACCCUUCUUCCCUACUACCUGAAGCUGCAGCCUGAGGACAGGGUCAAUGCACCCCAAUUAAGAGCCCUAAGAAUGUGAGAUGGUUGAAAGCCUUGGACCAGCCAAGUGGAAACUGAGCCACGGUCCCAGAUCUGGAGCUUCAUAAAGGCAGCAUCAGGAUUGGGGGGAUUUGGGUGGCAACACUGCAAUUCAGACCCUGGCACUGAAGAAGAAGAAGAGGAGGAGGAAGGGGAGAGCCAGCCCUCUGGCAACUUAGAUUGUGAAUAUAUUAACUUCCCAUAGUGGAUGUGGAGCAGGACCCCAGGGGGCUGGACCCCAGACAUGAUAUUUCUUCUCCCACCUCUGGACCUUUGCCUGGGCUGUUCCCCCAUGCCUGGAAUGUUCUUCCACUUUUUAGAAUCAUUUUAUU